AUGUGUGUCACUAUCUUCUGGGUCCACGAGUGUGUCUUUUGCGGAGUCCUUAAGGAUAACGCCUCUCGCUACGACCCCGAGGUUACUGGUGCUUGCCCAGAGUUCGAGGAGAAGCUGGAGUGGCGCUACUGGGUCUGCCCCCCUUGUGAGGAGGCGAAAGCUACUGACGAGCGCAAGUUUCCCCCUAGAGGCCAGCGCCAGCAGCAGCAGGGUGUCCAGAGUACAACUCUGUUCCCGAAUAGACCUCUGUUCCAGGAUGCUCCGCGGUUCCAGAGUCCCCAGCAGUUUCAGAGCGGUUCUGGUGGUCGUCACACCGUUCAGCAGUAUCCUUCUCAACAAGGUGAGCAAUCUCCCCAGUUUUUCCCGAUGGGCCAUCCUUCCCGUCACCAGAACGAACCCCGUCCCCACGGUCGUCGUGAGAGCCAUGGUCACCACCACCACUACUAG